CAACAGUGCAACUGCUCCAGGCAAGAAUAGGCUUAUGCAAUCCAUUUGCUUCGUCAGAGAGCAAAUCCCAAGCCUGAGCUUCUUCAAGUUCCCACUGUCCAACUUCAAUCUUCAUUACCUGCAUUCAACCAUUCACUUAUUCCAUACACCACAAACGAUACCCAAACAAUUUACCACUUUUUCAUCCUUUUUCCUCUUCUCGCCUUCUUUUGGCUCUUUAUUUCAUUUCUACUUUUAAUACUAAUAUCAGCUGUCCCGAUUAGCCACAGCUUUCUAACGAAAUGCCUUCCGCUACGGGAUCAAGUUGGGAGAAGUACAAGAAGAAUUUUGCCGAUGACGAAAUAGAAGAGAAGAAGAUCACACCACUAUCCGACGAAGAUAUCCAAGUACUUAAGACCUAUGGAGCUGCACCAUACGGUACCGCUCUCAAGAACCUCGAGAAGCAGAUCAAGGAGAAGCAACAAGCGGUCGAUGAGAAGAUUGGAGUAAAGGAAUCCGACACGGGACUUGCGCCACCUCAUUUAUGGGAUGUCGCUGCGGACCGUCAACGCAUGUCCGAGGAGCAGCCGCUUCAGGUAGCGCGGUGCACCAAGAUCAUUGCGGACGAAAAGGAUGAGACGAAGAGCAAAUAUGUCAUCAAUGUUAAACAGAUCGCCAAGUUUGUCGUUCAGCUCGGCGAGCGCGUCUCCCCCACCGAUAUCGAAGAAGGCAUGCGUGUUGGCGUGGAUAGGAAUAAAUACCAGAUCCUUUUACCCCUACCACCCAAGAUCGACGCCAGUGUUACCAUGAUGACGGUUGAGGAGAAGCCCGACGUUACGUACGGCGAUGUUGGUGGCUGCAAGGAACAAGUCGAAAAGUUAAGAGAAGUUGUUGAGAUGCCCCUACUGUCUCCUGAGCGAUUCGUCAACCUCGGUAUCGACCCUCCGAAGGGAGCUUUGCUAUAUGGACCCCCCGGUACCGGAAAGACCCUUUGCGCCCGAGCCGUCGCGAACCGAACGGACGCCACUUUCAUCCGGGUUAUUGGUAGUGAGUUGGUACAGAAGUAUGUUGGUGAAGGAGCUAGGAUGGUGCGAGAGCUCUUUGAGAUGGCCCGAACGAAGAAGGCUUGCAUUAUUUUCUUCGACGAAAUCGAUGCCGUCGGUGGUGCCCGAUUUGACGACGGGGCCGGUGGAGACAACGAGGUCCAGCGAACUAUGCUAGAACUUAUCACGCAACUAGAUGGUUUCGACGCCCGAGGCAACAUCAAGGUCAUGUUCGCCACCAACAGACCUUCCACAUUAGACCCUGCCUUGAUGAGACCCGGCCGUAUCGACCGAAAGAUCGAGUUCUCUCUGCCGGAUCUCGAGGGAAGGGCAAACAUUCUACGAAUCCACGCCAAGAGCAUGUCAGUGGAGCGCGAUAUCCGAUGGGAGCUCAUAUCGCGUCUCUGCCCCAACGCCACAGGCGCCGAGCUGCGCAGUGUGUGCACUGAGGCCGGCAUGUUCGCCAUCCGCGCGCGGAGGAAGGUAGCCUCGGAGAAAGACUUCUUGAGCGCCGUAGACAAGGUUAUUAAGGGCAACUUGAAGUUCAACUCCACCGCCACCUACAUGCAGUACAACUAGUCUAUUAUAGGCUGUCCUCCCCUUUUUUUCUUAACGAAAUAAAGAAAUUAAGGAAGGCCUCGCGUGUACGAAUAGAUAGAUAAUGAAGCAGUAGCUACGCGGAAACUAGACUUCAUCAUUGUGGAGAGAGAAUCAAUCGGCACGUCACCGAAUGAUGUUUGUUGAGCAUGUGAUAUGUGAUGCGUGGUGCUAACGCCGCGCACUUGUGUAUUAAAUUUCCCAACCAAGGCUGCUUGUUUGGUACUAUGGUAUAUUUAAUUGUAGUUUGUGUGUGUGUGUGUGUGUGAAUGUGUGUGUGAAUGCCAAUGAUUCCUAUCUACAGAUAUCCCAAAGUUCCUAUACCAUGAGAUGAGUACAUAGGU